AUGGAUUUUUGCAUGAAUCUUGCUGGUGAAAUCAUUAUGAAGGAAAUCAAUGAAAACCCUAACGAAAACUUCGUGAAGUCUCCACUGUCAUUGAACUGUUUGUUUAAUAUGGUGGCUUCUGGGGCGAAGGGACGUACUUUGGAGCAAUUGCUAGAGUUUCUUGAAUCCGAAAGCAUUGCUGAUAUCAAUGCCAAAUCUUCACGGAUGAUUGGUCUAGCGAGAAUGGAUGGAGAAUCCAACAAGAAAGGAAAACCAUUCUUUCCUAAUGAAGGUAUCCAGUUUGGUAAGUCUCCAAAAACAUUGGAAUCUGCAAGAGAUUCCAGCAAUAACCGGCUUUUCAGUGAUCAGUUCCCUGGGACUUCGGGAAUGAUGUCUCCAGCACAAACGAACAGAAAAUCAAGUUUCACAUUUGAUAACAUAUGUGAUAACGUGCCUGGAAUGAUGCCUUCUGGACCAAUGAAUGAAGAAUAUUACAGAAGGAAGGAGGAGACUUCACGGAAGAGGUCUUCUAAAUCAAGGAAUGAAGAGCCCAGCAGAAAACGAAUGAGUCCUUUUGAAACUUCAAUUACUCGGGAUGAAGCCUUUUACCUCCUCAAUGGAACAACUGUAGAAGUUCCUUUCAUGAAAACCUACGAAGAAAGCCAUUAUUAUGCAUCGUUCGAAGAUUUCAAGAUUCUCAAAUUGCCAUAUGCUGGCCGUAAAGGUAACAAGCGAUUUUCUAUGUAUCUCUUGCUCCCUCACAAAAAUGAUGGACUGCAAGAACUUAUGCAAAAUUUCAAUUCUAAAUUGACGCUCUUACAAAAGAAUCUGCCACUUCGCGAAGUGGAACUUUCUAAGUUGUGGAUUCCAAAGUUUAAGUUCUCAUAUGGGUUUGAAGCUUCAGAGAUCUUGAAAAAAUUGGGAGUGACAUUGCCUUUCGAGUUUCUUGGGGAUUUUACGGAGAUUGUCGACUCUCCUCUUAGUGAGCUAGUUUACGUUUCAAAUAUAAUUCACAAAUCUUUUAUUCAUGUAAAUGAGGAAGGUAGGGAAGCUGCUGCUGCUUCUUUGCUUGAUCCUCCCUGUGGAUGUACAAAACCGGUUUAUCCCCCACCUCCACUUCCAUCUUCUGUCGCAGACCAUCCAUUCAUGUUCAUGAUCAAGGAAGAGGUAUCCGACACUGUUUUUCACUGGAACUGUUCUUGA